AGAUAUAAUGUUGGACAGCAAGUCAUUCGAUUCCGACGUGCCCUUCCCCUCCUCUUCUCCCCAUCCUCAGUCGCCGCUCUCCUGAUUCCCACGUCGGCCCUUCCUUUACCAAGAUGUCCCGGUCAGACGCUGCUCCUCUUCCUCCCAAGACCCACGCGUCGAGCGGGAAUGAUGCCGCCGCUGCCGGUCAGCUAGGGCAGGCCCCAUACGAUGCCGGGACGGGCGAGGUCAUCAACAUGGACGAGUACCGCCGAACCGUGCCAUGGUGGAAGCGCGCCUAUAAGCACAGUCUGACGCAGAUGAUGCUGCUCAGCGUGCAGGCCUUCUGUGGCCCGGCCAUGUGGGACGCCAUUGCAGGUCUCGGCGGCGGCGGUCUUGCUACUCCGCAAACAUCCAACAUCUCGAACGCAAUCAACUACGCAGCGCUUGCCCUCGUCUGCUUGAUUGGCGGUCCCCUCGUCAACAAAAUCGGCAUCAAGUGGGCUCUGGUUAUCGGUGCCGUGACCUUCCCCAUUCAAGGCUCGGCGUACUACUGCAACAGCGCCUUUGGCAACCAGUGGUACCUGAUUUUUGCUGGCUUCGUCUCUGGCAUUGGAACCGGCUGCUGGUAUGUUGCCGAGGCCGGCGCCAUCAUGUCGCUGGCCCCCAGCGGAGCCCGGGGGAAAUAUCUUGCCCUAUGGAUCGUGUCAAGAAACCUUGGGCAGCUCGUUGGCGGCGCUAUCAACCUGGCCAAAAACCACGAGAAGGGCGUUGACGGCGGCGUCACCCCAGACACUUACAUUGUCUUCAUCGUCAUCCAGUGCCUGGCUCUGCCCUUCGCCUUCCUGCUCUCCCCCCUUGAGAAGGUCGUCCGGUCGGAUGGCACCCGCAUCCUGGUCUCGGAGAAGCUUAGGUCGCGAGACGAGUUUAAGCUGAUCAAGUCAACGCUGACCUCUCGCCUGAUCCUCCUGUCGGCCUUCUGGGCGCUGUGGUCGUUCUUCUACAGCGGCACCUGGUCUACGUACCUCGCCACGUACUUCUCGACCCGAGCGCGUGCGCUUUCCUCUCUCAUUUCGCCCUUCUUCUGCAUCAUCGGAUGUUUCGGCCUCGGCUUCAUCCUCGACCUCAAGGGCGUCAGCCAGCGGCGCCGCGCUCAGCUGGGCCUGUGGACUGUGGUGAUCCUGAACGCCGGGGUCUACGUCUGGUCCAUCGUCAUGCAGGUCGGCUUCAACCGCCACAACCCCGGCCACAUCGACUGGGACGAGCCGCUCUACGCCAAGUCCUUCCUGCCCUACUUCUUCGUCCAGACGACGGGCCCGCUCUCGCAGUCGUACAUGUACUGGCUGCUGUCAUCCUUUGCGACGGAUGCCCAAGCCAACGUCCGGAACGGGGCCGCCUUUCGCUGUCUCGAAGCGGUGGGGCAGGCCAUCUCAUACGGCAUGAACACCCAGAUCGAGGCCAGCCCGCUGAUAGGAUUCAUCGUCUCCUUCGCCCUCAUGGCUGUUGCCCUCGGCCCGAUGCUUCUACUUGUGCGCUCGACCCCUGAGAGGAUCCCGGCAGAUGUUGUUGUCGAGGAGCAGGAGAAGGCCCUGCAGGGCAAACUAGACGGAUUCAGGGCGGAGGAACGUCAAUCGGCGGUCUAAGGGACAGCUACCUUAUUGGCACGUUCGGUGCAUGGAUGGGGAUAUGGUACAGGUAUACCACUACCGGCGAAUGAAACCCAAGGUCGUGUCCGGAUAGUCGGAAGUUGGGGUACAUUCACAUUACCUAAGUGAUGUUGAGACGCCCACAAACAUGCUCGGACUGG